CGGGCCGCACGUGGGGGCUCAGUCCGGGCUGCGCCGCGCUGGGCGCCAUGUCCGCCUCGACGAGCUGCCCCAUCCCCGGGGGCCGGGACCGCGGGCACGACGGCUACAGCACCACGCCCGGGGGCACCCUCUAUGCCACCACGCCGGGAGGGACCAGAAUCAUCUACGACCGCAAGUUCUUGCUGGAGUGUAAGAAUUCGCCCAUUGCCCGCACGCCACCCUGCUGCCUCCCCCAGAUCCCGGGGGUCACCACCCCGCCCCAGGCCCCCCUCUCCAAGCUGGAGGAGCUGAAGGAGCAGAACGAGGCUGAGGAAGAGAUCCGCGAUGAGGCCCAGUUCGAGAUGGACAUCUGAGCCCGCCCGGACGGCCCUGCCGGCACGAGGAGCCUCCCUGCGCCCACGCCCUGUCGCCGCCUCCCGCCGCGCCGGGAGGGGCGGAGGCCAUUUCUGGGAGCUCCCCGGAGCCCCCCGGCUCCUGGUGGCUACUGAUCCGGGGCUAGCGCGGGUCCCGUGGUGCUGGUGGGGAGGGGGCGCGCGGACCCCGCUGGAGGCUGGCCGCUGAGCCCUGGCCCCCAGUUUCUCCCGCGUCGGGGCUCACUGCUGCCCGGAGCGGAGGGGGUGGAAGUCGCCCCCUCAGCUGCUUAGUAAACCUGUUGAAAGAUC